AUGCUUUCAAUCGAACAAUUCAACGAACGGGCAUUCAGAAAUAAUGAAUUCUACAUUUACUUCCUUGCUUUUUUCCUCAUUAUUAUCGUUUUGAACUGUGCUUCAAUGCUGUACUACUUUUUCAAUCUUUUCAUCACUUUCCGUGUCAAAUACUACAAAACAAAUCUUCAAAUCCUUCACCAAGCAAUAUAUUCUACGUGUCCAUUCAGUUCAAUUAUAUUGAUCACAGAGAAGACUUUUGAUAUUUUAGGAAAAAAUCAGAAUUUCCUAUCAGACAGUUCAUUUUUCAUGUACAAACAGUACAUCCGAACUGCAAUCAUGUGUCCUCCUUUGUUCGCUCUAACUGCUAUCAUGCUCGAACGAGUAUUUGCAACGUGUUUUAUAAAAGACUACGAAAAGAAAAGAAGGCAUUAUGUAGCAUUUAUAAUUAUUCUACUAAUGAUUUUUAUCUCUAUGCUCACUGCUUUUAUUUUCAAUUCAACAAAUCUCAUUUUUGUCUACGUCGCUACUCAUCUGUUGCUCAACAUAAUCUGUUAUAUUAUUUCGAUUGUCACUUAUAGAAUAAAUCGGAAAUAUUAUCACAACAAUAAACAAGAUUAUUCACUGGGUACUCGAUUCCAAAUUGCUGAAAACAUCAAAGUAUACAAAUUUUUCUCUCAUUAUUUGUUUGUCCUCGCUUUUUUCCCUAUUACAUGCACUAUUUGUGCACUCAUUAUUCACUAUGAUUCAUCUCCACUUCACCGAGAAAUUCUGUUCGUCGUCUUUGAUUUGAGUUUCACUUUACUUUGUAUUCUGGCGCCUUAUCUCAUUCUAAAAACAAGUGAACCAUGGCAAAAUGAUCUGAAUCAAAUCUUUGUGAAAGUUGGAAUCAGAAAAUCAUCGAAAAUUCAGAUAGUUCACGAGAGAUCGAAAACAUUGAAAAAUACAUUUGGAGAGCAAAUGGAAUUCGAAACAAGUCAACACAGUGACAUGUAUUUCAAUCAACUUCAGAAGUCAUGGAAUCAUGAAUUAACUAAAGUUGUUCGGGUUUAA